AUGCGUUCUUCCAUCGCCAUCCUCCUUGCCGCCGCCGGCUUUGCGAUUGCACAAACAGCAACCGGCUCCGCCGUCUCGUCGAUUGCCACGAGUACUACGAAUGGCUGUUUACCUGGAGCCGAGACCAUCGUCGACGCCUGUCUCGCCAGCACCCAAGCCCUAGCCGACGCCUGUGUCGGCAACGACUGGGUGUGCCUGUGCACGCAAUACCAGAACGUCCUGACCUGCUACAACAACUGCCCCAGCCUCCCUAAUCGCGCCACCGUCCAGAACCAGGCUUCUCUCUGCCAGCAGUGCCAGCGCUGCAACCCGUUCCUCCACCGCCUCCGCUUCCAGCUCCGCAGCCUCCACAAUGGCGACCUUGGCGACGCAGGCUCAGUCUACAAGCAGCAGCUCGGCGAGUGCUUCGGCGGCUUCGGCUAG